AAAAAAGAGUCCUAUAUGAAAAAUACAAAUAAAUCCUAUUAUUAUCAAAAUAGAAGAGUUCUUUUUUGUGCAAUAAUUGCUGUAGAAACCCUUAUAUGAAAGUGAUGGCUUCGCUGCUUGAAGAAGCAAGAUUCAAUAUCACAGUCCUGAUCACCACAGGCAUAUUGGGAGGAAUGAAGAGUAGCGUGGCUAAAGGGGUCGGUCUAAUGGAAGGUGUACUUCUCACCCUCGGUAUAGCCUUAACAAUAGGAGCCAAUCUCCACGCAAGAAACAUCAUACAAUUGAGAAUCCUAAUGAACACAAUGCCGAACAAGAAGCAAGCUGCCGACAGCCUUCCCUUGAAGAAAAAUCGAGAAUUUCUAGAUAUGCUCUACUCUGCUCUUCUUCCCCUGUCCGUCGGUUUCUGCUGGGUGUGAAUUUCUGGGCAUUUUUCGAAUUGCCACCGGCUUCUUCUCCCCGCCAGGUCCGGUUCUGCAGCUGGAAAAAUUCUGGUUCUUGAUCCUUGGGGCACUUUAGUAUGUGGCUUGAGUCUUCGGUUUUAUGCAAUUUGAGGUAGUGUGACUCAAGAUGCGAGAAACAAGGGGAGUGACGAGCUAAAAGGCUAGCUAUUGUAAUUGGAUAUGAAAUUUUAGAUAUAAAUCAUGAUCUUGUAAGCUAGACUUUAUUUGGAGAUUUUAUGAUAUUAUAGCAAAUUUUAAAAUUUUAUCUUCAGAUUUUGUGGUAUCAGAUUGUGGUAUAAUAAGUUCCGAGCUUUGUG